CUGGAGAAGAAGGCAGAGUGAAAAUGGGGAUUUCCUGGGAUGCUCCCUUUCUCCCCUAGACCCCCGGGCAUCAACCUUGGUCCUUUUCAUUUUAAUCAGCCCAGUGAAUCUAUCUUUCAAAGGGAUCUGAGGGAAACCUUUCUGCCAAGUCCCAGCCGAGACCCUGUGACACUGAAGAACAUGGGCCAGGCUCCUGUGUAGGUUGAAGUCUGAGAAAAUGAAGAUUAUAGGGAAACAGUCUACCUUUCUUUACAAGGCCUUGUUUUGCAUCCCAGAAAUCUCAGAUUCAGCUAUUACAAUGAAGUCCUGUUGUAGAAAGAGCUAGCCUUUUAUCACCACUUAAAAUCUAAUUAAUCCAUAUUGAAGCACAAAGAUUUCUGUUGUCUUUUAGGGUGAGGGGGUCAUAGAGACCUCUUUGUUCAUCCUUAGACUUAUAACCAUCAAGCAUUGAGGAUAUAAUUUUACCAAAUUGGAAGGUAACAGAUCAAAUCCUUAUCAGAGAGCCUAACUCAUAGUUUUAACAGAGUCCUUCGUCCUUUACAUGAAACAUUAUAUUUGGCAAGAACAAAAACGCAUUUCAGAGUGCCUAAAGAGUUAACACCAAAGCUUAUAUUCCAGGCAGCAUAGAACCAAGAUCGUCACACUACUGUCAACCACAAAGGACAGCAGAUCCUAUAGGGGUGGCGAAGUCCUAAGAUUUGUCCUAAGAGUAAAUGGCUUUACUCUUUAGAAUAGCAAUGCAGUCUGUUGGACUUUUAUUAUCUCUGUUGGGAUGGGUCUUAUCUAUUAUUACAACUUAUUUGCCACACUGGAAGAACCUCAACCUGGAACUAAAUGAAAUGGAGAACUGGACGAUGGGACUCUGGCAAACCUGUGUCACCCAAGAGGAAGUGGGGAGGCAGUGUAAGGACUUCGACUCUUUCCUGGCUCUACCUGCUGAGCUCAGGGUCUCCAGGGUUUUAAUGUUCCUGUGCAAUGGGCUGGGAUUUCUGGGCCUGCUGCUGUCUGGAUUCGGCCUGGACUGUCUGAAGAUUGGGGAGAGUCAGCGAGAUCUCAAGAGGCGACUGCUCAUGCUGGGAGGAACCCUGUUCUGGACAUCGGGGAUCACAGCCCUGGUCCCUGUCUCUUGGGUGGCCCACUCGACGGUUCAGGAGUUCUGGGAUGAGACCCUGCCAGAGAUUGUCCCCAGGUGGGAGUUUGGGGAAGCCCUCUUUAUGGGCUGGUUUGCUGGAUUUUUCCUUGUGCUAGGAGGAUGUCUGCUCAGCUGUGCAGCCUGCUCUGGCCAAGCUCCUCUAGCUUCAGGCCACUAUGCAGUGGCAGAGAUGCAAACUCAGUGUCCAUACCUGGAAAACGGAAAUGCAGAGCCUAAGCUGUGAGACUUUGACAAGGCCAGAGAGAUGAAUACUGCAUCCUCUUUGUUAUGACAAAGAGGUCUCUGUUACACAACUAAC